CAGAGAGAGAGACAGGGAGAGAGAGAGAGUGUGUGUUUGAGGGGCUGUAAGUCUGUGUGUUCUUUGCUAGCAAGGGAGUUGCACUGCAUUUGUCAUCAGUCGUUUGGAUUAAUCUGGUCUAAAGGCCACCAGCUGGAGAGCCCGCGACAGACAGUCAAGGAGCCUGAUGUCAUUGAGGACCAGCUGAAUAGGAAGAUAAACAUCCGGGGACCAACACACCAAUGUCACCACAACAUCCCCUCGUUUCCUCAUCCCUAAGAUUGACCGCCCAGCUUCUUCUGUCUCACUGACGGACAGCCAGUCUCCCACUGGAAUUCAUCAGAGAUCCCCCACUGCACAGAUUGCCAAUGAUCACAAGGAACGGUCUGCUGCUGGUCUUUUGGUUUCUUUUGGACAAAGGCUUCCUGGCCCCGCUCCACUCCCCACCCCUAAGCAGGAUGGGAAGAGGUCACCACCUGAGGGGCAUGGCAGGACUGGGACAGAGGAGACAUGGGAUGGCAGGGGUUCAGAGGGUAAAGCGAGGAUGGGUGUGGAACCAGUUCUUUGUACUGGAGGAAUAUAUGGGAUCUGAACCACAGUAUGUUGGGAAGCUUCACACCGACCUGGACAGGGGUGACAGUGAGGUGAAGUACACACUCUCUGGAGAGGGAGCUGGCACCAUCUUCACUAUAGACCCAACGACAGGUGACAUCCAUGCCUUGAUGGGUCUGGACCGAGAGGAGAAGUCUUACUACACGUUGCGUGCUCAGGCUGUGGACAUGCACACGGGCAGGGCUCUGGAGCCGGAGUCUGAAUUCAUCAUCAAAGUUCAAGACAUCAACGACAAUGAACCAAAGUUCCUGGGGAGCCCCUAUACAGCCAGUGUCCCAGAGAUGUCUCCAGGAGGUACCUUCGUCAUGCAGGUGACUGCCACAGAUGCUGACGACCCCACCUACGGGAACAGCGCACGGAUCGUGUACAGCAUCCUGCAUGGGCAGCCUUACUUCUCAGUUGACUCUAAAACUGGGGUGAUCAGAACUGCUUUGCCCAACAUGGACCGUGAAACUAAGGAGCUGUACCAGGUCCUUAUACAGGCCAAGGACAUGGGCGGUCAGCUUGGGGGAUUGGCCGGAACUACCACCAUCAAUAUCACCCUGAGCGACGUCAACGACAACCCGCCCCGGUUUUCGAAAAGUAUUUUCCACCUGAGAGUUCCAGAGUCAUCAUCCGUGGGCUCAGCUGUGGGGAAGAUAAGAGCUCAUGACCUGGACUCUGGGAAGAAUGCAGAGGUGGAAUAUUCUAUUGUUCCUGGAGAUGAAGGAAACAUGUUUGACAUCAUCACCAAUGGACCCAGUCAGGAAGGAAUCAUAGUUCUUAGAAAGCGUCUCGACUACGAAACCAAAAAGACCUACAUCUUUAAAGUGGAGACGUCCAAUGCUCACCUAGACCCCCGGUUCCUCCACCUGGGCCCUUUCAAGGACACAGCCACGGUCAAGGUCAACGUGCUGGAUGUGGACGAACCCCCCGUGUUCACUAAGGCAUCUUACGCCAUAGAUGUGUAUGAGGACACUCCUGUGGGCACCAUCAUUGGAUCGGUAACGGCCCAGGACCUGGACGCGAGUAGCAGCGCCGUCAGGUACUCUAUUGAGUGGAAGAGGCCUGUGGACAGCUGCUUUGAUAUUGAUUCUGUGGAAGGGACCAUCUCCACCAAUGAGAUGCUGGACAGAGAGAGCAAUAGGCAGCACAAUUUUACGGUUGUAGCCACUAAAGUCGACAACCCUCUUCUAUCCAACAUCGUCACAGUCACAGUCAAUGUGCUGGAUGUCAAUGAGUUCCCUCCAGAGCUGGACAUUCCCUUUGACACUUUUGUCUGUGAAAAUGCGAAAGUAGGCCAGGUAAUUCAGACCAUCAGUGCUACGGACAAGGAUAUUCCAGUCGUUGGAGAGAGGUUCUUCUUCAAGUCCCCCAGGGAAAUCAGGAACAGGAAUUUCACUGUGCGAGACUUUGGAAACAACACGGCCGGUAUAGUGACCAAGCGUGUGGGGUUCCAGAGGCGUGUCCAGGAGUACUAUGUGAUGCCCGUGAUAGUGGAGGACAGCGGGUAUCCGGCCCAAAGCAGCACCGGUACCGUCACCAUCCGUGUGUGCGCCUGUGAGAAUGAUGGCUUGCCCUUAACCUGUGCAGCUGAGGCUGUCUUCCUCCCGGUGGGUCUCAGCACGGGGGCAGCCAUGGCCAUCUUACUGUGCAUGGUCAUACUCCUGGUGAUCGUGCUACUCUACGUGGGUCUGAGGCGACAGAAAAACAAGGAGACCUUAAUGUCGUCCAAGGAGGAUAUCCGGGAUAACGUGAUCCACUACGAUGACGAGGGGGGCGGCGAGGAGGACACGCGUGCCUUCGACAUGGGCACCCUAAGACACACCAAGGCCGUCAAGGAGAAUAUGCUCCGCAGGGGCACGGGGUCAGGGUCAGAGGUCAAUGUCCAAACCGAGGUCGAUGAGUCGAAUCCCACCACAGAGGGCAGCGUCGACCUCAUCAGGGACUACAUCCACCAGCGUCUCCAGGAGAGCCAGCUGGGUUUCUCGGCUCCACCGUUCGACUCACUGGCCACAUAUGCCUACGAGGGGGCUGGGUCUGUUGCUGAAUCGCUGAGUUCCAUCGAGUCGUGGACAGCAGACGGCAUAGACGACUUCAAAUAUCUCAGCGAGUGGGGGUUUCCCUUUGAAACUUUGGCUGGGAUAUUACACCAAGACCAGGCCGUACCUCCCACACAGGAGGUCGAGGAGAGCUGAUGCUGAAGACUGGAACGAUUGAAAAGACAUACAGCUGGACUGACUGGGAGGAUUUGUUUAACUCUGUUGAUUGUUUGAAUGCAAUGGGAAUAAAAUCAAGCCCUUCUGUGAUUUUAUUAA